AUUGGAGUAAAUACAAUGGAAAGUAGAAUAAUAAUAACAAUCGUAUUAUACUGUAAUAAUAUUGGAAGGUACUAAGCUCGCCAAAAUUUUACGUAAAUUGGCUUCGCAUUUAUAUGCGUAUGUAGAAAUAAUAAUAAGAUAUUAGUUUGUUAUGUGGGUCAUACUUUGUGUUCAGUGUUGAUUUUCAGAACCUGCUAACGAGAGUGGUGCCUGAAAAAUAAAGAUGUCGGAAGAAGGCAGUAGCGCCACAUCAACCCCUACACACAGCAGUCCUUUCUCUGCUAAGUUUUCCACAUGUUCUCCAACCAAAAGUUCAGCUGACAGUACAGACUCACAAGAUAUGUUUCAAAUGGUGAGUUCCCGGUUCAUUCUCCGACCUUCCCCUCUUGCAGCACAAGCAGAAAAAUUAAAGACGAAUGGUUCUACCACUAGUGAAUCCCAGAGUUUAACCUUUACAAGCCAUAAACAGGAAGAUAAAGAAAAUAAAAUUGUUUUAGACAACACGGAACAACUGGAAGAAAGUGACACACUACAUUUGAGUAGUAACAGUAGUAAUGGGGCAAAGAAACAAGUGACGUCUUCCAUUUCAAGGUCUUCUGAGACUUUUAGGUCCAGUGAUGACAGUCCUUUUAAAUCACUGUUUAAAUCUGAAUGUAGCAAAUCAUCAGGACCAUCAGAGCCUAUAGUCACUUCAGGCCCCACAAACUUUGUGUUUGGACAAAACCUUCAUGAACGUGUAGUGACUUAUGAAGAUCCAGGAAGUGACUCAUCUUCAAGCAUUUCCAAUCAAUUAAAUUUUCAGGCUUUUCAGAAAAGUUCAUCAGAAGAUGAAAGACAAGAAUGCACAGGGAAAACAGCCAAGAGUUUGACAGAAUCAGCUGAAGAGUAUCAAGCUAGACAAGUUAAAAGAAAGUAUGAGGAAGUUACUGUGGUAACAGGAGAAGAAGGAGAAUCCAAUGUUCUCCAGAUCAACUGCAAACUUUUUGCAUUUGAAAAAAAUAGUUCUUGGGUAGAGAAGGGCCGUGGUAUGUUGCGACUGAAUGAUCGAGAGGUGGAUGGGACAUUGCAAUCACGACUCGUGAUGCGAACCCAAGGUAGUCUACGACUAGUACUCAACACCAAAGUGUGGGCAGGAAUGUCACUGGAACAAGCUAGCCAUAAAACUAUUCGUCUUAGUGCAGUGGAGACAGAUGGAGUCAAGGUUUAUCUCAUAAUGGCAAAUCCCAAAGAUGCAGAGCAGCUUUUCAGUGCCCUGGAAUGUCGAGUGGCUACUUUAAAAUCACUUGAUGAUAAUUGGAGUGUUAGCAAUCUAGCUACACAAGCAUCAGUGGGUUCUUACGAUGAUGAUGACACCACCACAUCUGACUGUGAAUCUGAAGUAAAAAGGCCUCGACAUAUGGAAGGUACCCAAUCAGGAGAAGCUGAUAGCACUACAGGAGUGGCUCCACAGCUCCGCCUACAGCACACCCCACCUCCUGAAAUUGGCAUUGAUUCUAGCAGCAAUGCAAGCUUGUAGUGUACCACCUGUUAUAAAUAUAUGUACAAAAUCUUACAUUCAGUUACAUUUACUCACUUCUGAGUUUCUAGUAAAUAUUAUAGUUUUCUUACAAACCCAGAUAUGUGUUUUGUGUUUUUGUAGCAUCUUUAUUUCCCUGCCAAAAAUAAAUCAGAAAAAAAUCAGCAUGAACUGCAAUCAUAUAGGCAUUUUUGAGGUUAUUCUGAAGUGAAUUCAGUGUAUUUUAAAUAGACUUCAAAACAUUAAAUAUUUUUGUGAUUUGUUCUAAUUUUAAUAUUUCCCAAAACAUGGAAAUGUUAUAGAAUACAAAACCUGGAAUAAUUUUGAAAGUACAUGAUUUUUUUCUUUGGUUUUUAACAAUAACUUUCUGUCUUGUGUGUAUGUAACCAAAACAUAUUGUGAAUAAAAACUUGUAACCAAUGGGCAUAUUUUGUUUAUAGUGUAAAAAUUUCUAAGUAAAUAAUAAAUGUUUUCUACUCUUUAUCUAAAAUUACGAUAUCUCCUUUGAAGUUAAGAUUUGCAGUAUUAAACAUCCUUUGCCUAUUCCUUCAAAGAUCGUACUAAGCUGUUUUUGUUUUAAAAGUUCACUUAAAGUCUGAUCAGGAUGUCAGUUUAGAUUAAUGUCUUAGAAAAAGAAAUUGUUAUACCUAUUUCCCUAAGAGAAUGAUACUACAGUGUUGGUAAGAAAGUACGUAUAGAUAACAUUAUCUGAAUGUUUUAGUCCCAUUUUAUGAGAUCUGUUUAUUAAGUGUCAAACCUUUCUUGUGUAAUAGUUGAUGCAAUUUUCUAUUCAGUUUUGACUCUCUUUCUAGGGUAGAAUGUUUAGUUUAACUGUACUUUUCAUUAAGUUUAAAUUUCACUGAGUCUGCAUCAGUGCUUGGAGACUUUUUAGUUUAUUUUAAUGGUCGUUUAUAAUGGUAACAGUUAAUCUCUUUUUGAAAGAAAUACAGCUUACAAUAACUUGAGUUUAGAAUAAUUUACAAGGGUAAAAUUAAUUUUAAAAAUUAAUUAAAAAAGCACAAACAAUUCCCUAAUAAAAGGAUUGCAUCCUCAUAAAUGUAAAAGUUCUUACACUUCUUUGAUUUUUUUGGUUUAUGAACAUUUUGGUAUGUUUAUUUUUGGCCCCUGCAGUUUUUUUUAUAAAUAAUAUUUGAUAGCAUUUUGGCAAAAAUCUGAGUGGACUUUUUGGUAUUUUUUGCAGAUAAUAAUAAUAAUAGCUUAGAGGUUUUGCUAUGAGAAUUUAUGUAAAGUGUAAUCUACUUUAAAACUUGUGAAUGUUUCCGUGUACUCAGUUUUGUCUGUGCAGAAAUAUUUUGAUGAGCAUUAGAGUCUAAACGUUUCGUUUUUUAACAAUACAAUUUAUUGUAUUAAUUUCUUGUCUACUCAGUUCUUAUGGGAAGGUUUAUUCUUGAUUAAAGCAGCAAUUCUCUGUUGUUAAUAUUGUAUUUAAUCACCUUUAAUCAUUCUUCAACAUCUUCCAAGUUAUCUUACAUAGAGACAAACCAUCAGACUUUCGAACUGUAAUGUUUUCUAUAUUAAUAAAUAAAUAAAAACUGAACUUCAGUCAUAUAAUCUUUGCAAAGUUCCACACUGGUAGUUAUCGUGGGUUAUAAAUAUGAGAAUCUGAAACCCACCAGAUUGCACAUGUAGUUGUGAGAAGUUUAUUCUUGAGUUAAAUUUCUCUUUAUCCCAAUUUUUUGUGUAUGUUUUAUAAUGCCCCUUUUUUUCAGUAACCAAAUGAAAGUGUAUGAAACUUUUAUUAACAAAAUAUUUAUUAUAAUUGUACCAAAUAAUAAUAAGGCUUGCGGUCACGUGCUUUAUCAAAUGAUUUAAUAAUGUUUCAAUUUAACUGCUUGUUUAUCAAAGGGGCGUACUUCGUACACUUGCUGUUUUUAUUCCCAGGGGCCAUAUAAGCAUAUUUUGACAAGGGCUUGUCGUACUGAAUCCAGUGUCGUGAUUUGUAGAGCCUUGAAUAAAAUAUGUACAAUAAAUCCAUUUCUAAACUUUUAA